UUUUGAGGUUAAUUCUCAAAAAUGAAACAGAAAAUUUUAUAAUGUAUGGCAAAAACUAGUGUUUUCUCACUCUAACCGUCAUAUUGAAGUGUCACUCAACUGUCAAAGAGUGUAAUUACAUUCCAAUAGUUCAUUUAGUUCAUUCGCUUUUCGUUCGCGAUUGUUUAUGUUCCGUGUUUUCGUAUUGUGAUUUUUCUAAAUUGUUAUGAUGAUUAUCAUAUAAAUCGAAAUUUAUGUAAAAUGUUGAAAUGUAUAAAACUAAAUCUAGAACCAUCAUCAUAGUUAACACCCCGACUCGGAGCACCCCGACAUGGACAGGGUGCAGCAGCUCAGCAUGAUAACACCCAUUAUGAAUUCAGUAAAGGACUAUUUAGCAGCACAUCACAUGUAUGCUGUUGAUGACUGGUUGUCUGGUCUUCUAGAUUAUUUUUCUGGAGACACAGAAAGUAACUAUAGUGAGAGUGAAAUACAGAACCUUGCUAAAGAGCAGUGGAUGCUGAAUGACUUGAAGGAUAUAUCCCCUGGGUCCUUGCCUGCCAACCUGAAAAAUCAACCACGGACUAUCCUGCAAGGAAAGUUUGCUCUGCAAAUCAAUUCCGCUAUAGAUAUAGGGACUCCAGCCUAUCAGCAGUACCAGAAGUUACUGAAAGUGAACCUGGAGAAUGUGGAGGCAACAACUAACUAUGAGGACAAGAUAUCUAGCCGUAGAAUGAUGAAGUUGUAUCUGACUGAUGGUGUUCAAGAGAUCUCUGCUAUUGAGUACAAACCCAUGAGGAACUUGACCUGUGAUAUCACGCCAGGAUUAAAAGUACUAAUAAAAGGCCCUAUUGAAUGUCGAAGAGGCGUGCUGCUUUUAACGGAAGAUAAAAUAGAUCUAUUGGGAGGAGAAGUGCAAGAGAUAGCCCAUACCAACUCACUGGCCGGACAGCUGGCAGCUAAGUUAGGACUGGCUAUCUCUCAGGACGCUGCAAUCUCAACACUAAAUACAACAAGGAAUACAGAUAUACCAACCCCACAUGAGCAAAUGCCGCCCGCCCACAACCCACCAUCACAUGAACAAGUCCCCUUCAAUCCACCACAAACAUUUGACGAACAUCCGCCAACCAACUAUCAAUCGUCCAACUUUGAUGACGACAUUGAUGUAGACCAACUAGCGGCUCUAGAAGCACAAAUAGCCGACAUACCAGGCAAAAGACCAUCAAAUACAGGUACUACAAACCCAGAAAAGAAAAUAAAAACUGAAACAGUCAACCAGCCAGACGACUAUCCUGAUGAACACGAUAUUUCAUUGGAAGACGAAGAAUACCUCAGGGAAAUUGAAGCACAAAUAGAUGCAAACGAUUUUCAAUCUUAUGCUCAAACAAAUAUAGGUCCAGCUACAAUAUCUGCGGCUCCGUUUGUGUAUAUAAAGCAGAUAAAAGAAAUGAGUGAGUCACAGAAAGCUGGUAAAGUGUUCAAGGUUAAGGGGCAAGUGAUGACGUUACUAUCGAAACUGUCUGUUGGCAAGGACAGUUGGAGUCUGAAGUGUACUAUUGUGGAUGGUACUGGGAAUCUCGAUGUAGAGUUUACAAGUGAUGUCCUAUCGAAAUUGGUUGGUUAUACUCCUCGAGAAAUGAAUGCUCUGAAGAAGAUGAUGGCUGAGAAACCGGAGUUGAAGUUGAAAGCUAUAUCUGCUCUCCAAAAAGCAAAGGACAGUCUUCAAGUACUAUACUGCAUUAUAGAAUUGACAAUACUCGAAGUUCCCAAAAUAACAAAUCUCAUUCCGUUCGAUGCAUCACACAUCGAACAGUUAAACAGAAGAGCUUUAUGAUCAAAUGUUAUUCUUAAAGAAUUUAGUCUGUAAGUAAAAUAUUUUAAAUUAAAUGUUUUUUUUAAUA